AGCCAAAAACGUCAAAAAUAACACAAAAGAAAGAGAAAAACAAAAGAGAAAAGAGAAAAAGUAAAUUUUCAUUUUCAAUGUAAUGUUGUUUAUGUUUAAUUUAACAAUCUUAAUAAGUUAAUUAAGGUGUUUUUCCAAUAAUCGAUUAAAUUAGCAAGAAUGCCAUCAUCAUCAUCUAUUAAUGAUAAAACUGUGGUUGUUUCAACAACAACCACUUCUUCAUCUUCUGCUAUAACAAUAACAUCAUCUUCUUCUUCAUCAUUAUCAUCAACAACAACAGCAACAGCAACAACAACAUCAUCAACAAAUAGUCUUUUAUCAACCCAAGCUGAAAAACCUCAACAUUAUUCUUACCUGAAAGAAUUUAGGUGUGAUCAGUGUCCCCAGUUUCUUCAACAUAAAUGUACCAAUCAUAAGCCGUUCACUUGUUUCCAUUGGCAUUUCAUGAAUCAAAGAAGACGUCGACCCAUCAGGAAGAGAGAUGGAAGCUUUAAUUAUUCACCUGAUAUAUAUUGUACCAAAUAUGAUGAGACCACUGGAAUCUGUCCUGAUGGGGAUGAAUGUCCUUAUCUUCAUCGGACUGCUGGUGAUACUGAAAGACGUUACCAUUUAAGGUAUUAUAAAACUGGAAUUUGUGUCUAUGAUACUGAUAGCCGAGGAUUUUGUGUUAAAAAUGGUGCUCAUUGUGCUUUCGCUCAUGGUAUGCAUGAUCUAAGAAAUCCUGUGUAUGAUAUAAGUGAAUUAAGAUCAGCUGAAUUGGGUAAUAAUACUGGUUUUCCUGGUGAAAUUGCUUCUUCUCCUGGAAUAACUGUUGAUGCAAAUUCUGGUAUUAAUGCUUUAAUUGGACCCAAUUCUCUUGAUAAAGAAAGAAAUGCUCUUACAGAUGAUCCACGUUGGCUUGAUACUACUUAUGUUCUCGCUAAUUAUAAGACGGAAGUUUGUAAACGGCCUCCAAGAUUAUGCCGUCAAGGAUAUGCUUGUCCACAGUACCAUAACAAUAAGGAUCGACGAAGAUCACCAAAGAAGUAUAAAUAUCGAUCAACACCCUGUCCAAGUGUUAAACAAGGUGAUGAAUGGGGAGAUCCAACUAAUUGUGAAGCUGGUGAUGCAUGUGCUUAUUGUCACACUAGGACAGAGCAACAAUUUCAUCCAGAAAUUUACAAAUCAACUAAGUGUAAUGAUAUGCAACAAACAAAUUAUUGUCCGCGAGGGGCUUUUUGUGCCUUUGCUCACAUAGAAAAUGAAAUUUCUGCUGCCAGAGAUUUAAAUAUGGACAAUAGUACAGAUUUAGCCUCUUUGUUGUCAAGUAAAUUGCCACCAUCAACCACUACGACAACCACAACAACAUCUUUAUCAAUCUCUUCUAGUGCUAAUGGUGGAGAGUAUGAAAGUAAUAACAACAUAACCACAAUAGCUCCUUCAACAGGUAAUGGUACCUUAAAUUGUAUCACAACAACUGUCUCAACAUCAAGUAAUAAUUGUACUUCAACAAAUUCAAAUAUCACAUCAACUAAUAACAUAACAAUAGCCAGGCCUAUUCUUAACAACAACAACAACAAUAAUAACAAUAAUAAUAAUAACGGUAAUAAUAAUCAAUCUAAAUUACCAAGCACGGGAAAUAAUAGUAUUGCUUCAUCGUUACCUGAUCAUUUUGGGACAAGUUUCGACUUUGGUAAUCUUCAAUCACAAUUGUUUAACAGAGAGACAACACCUCCAAUGAGCAAUUUAGGUACAGCACCAACAACAGGUUCACAAGCAAAUCUUGGUCAAGGAAAUAAUUUCCUUGUUAAUUCUGGUUCAACCUCAACGACAAAUAAUCCAACCUCUGGACCAGGUCCUAUUGCUCGCCCUCGAUCUUAUUCAUCUUCGAAUGCACAUACCUCUAGUAUGGCGGCUGCCAACAAUAAUAUGAGUGAAACUUUACUCUCAUCAUAUUUCAAGAAUGUCGAAGAGAAAAAUAAUUUACUUCUCAAUGGUCCUCAUGCAAACAGAAAACUUUCUACUCCCUCUUCAUCCUUAUUUGCCUCAGGCGGAAAUCAUUCUAGUUUAUUUAGCAGUUUAACAACUAAUAGGGAAAGCGGGAGUCUCUUUGGUGCUCCUGUUUAUUCAUCAACAGCUGAUACAGUUGAAUCAUGUUUGGGUCUUGCAGUUGAAGAUCUUAGUCUUGAAGAUAUUCACUUGGAAGCUGCACUUGAGAAAGAGUUAGGACCAACCUCUCAAAAUCGUGGUAAUGGUAAUAACUUAGUCGAUAAUGUUGAUCCUGUUUCGAACAACAAUUCAGUUCUUGGACGAAGUCCUGGUCAAGCGUCUUUAUUAGGAUCGACUGCCCCUGUAAAUAUUCCUGGAGCAAGAUUGGGAGGACAUCGAUCUACAAUAGCAAACUUAUCAUCUCCACCAAUGAAUGCAUCUCCCCUUGCAUCUUUUGGAGCUCAUUCGGCUGGAGCAUUCGGAGUUUCUUCUUAUAACAGGACAACAUCACUCAAUGCUGCUGCUCAUGGCGUCUCCUCAUCAGCUGCAUCAAGUCUUUAUGACUUUACAAGCGGAACUAACAUGUCACCAUCUUCAGUCGAUCCAACAUCGACAGGAAGCAGUGUCGUUCAGGCUGCAGCCUCAAUGCUAGAAAAUCAAAGAUUAAGAGAAGAGUUGGCUUUGUGUAAAGUAAAAUGGAACAAUUGGGAAGAGAAUUUAAUGAAAGUAAGCAGCGCUGUUGAAGUAUGGAAACGAGAAGCAGAGGAUGCCAAAAGAAGAGAGAAACUUUUAGAACAACAAAGAGAUGAGGCUUUCAUGACGAUCAACACUCUAAGAAAAGAAGUGGAACAAAUGAGCGGUGGUCCCUUUUUACAUACUCUUAAUCGAGCAUCAGAAUUAGAAAAUUUAACAAUUAAUCAGUUGAAACAGUUACAGCAACAGUUACGCUCUGAUCUGGAUUGUAUUGAUAAGGAACUAACUAGUAGAACGCAAAUCAAUGCGUGAAUAAAGACAAAAAACAGAAAAAAAAUAAUCUAAACUAAAAAACGCAAACAAAUAUUAAUAUUAAUAAUUAUUGUCUAUUACCUGCACAUGAAAAGAAAUCUAUCAUCAUCUCUCUCUCUAUCUCUAUCUCUAUCUCUAUCUCUCCCUCUCUCUUUCUCUCUCAAUUCUUUUCUUUUUUUCUCUUUUUCUCUUCAUCUUAUGUUUACAUACAAACUAUACAUAAAUAUAUUAUAUAUUUGACACUCUAUUCAUGUCUAGUUGAUGUUAACAUGUAACCAAAUGAUUGAAUUACCUGUGUCUUUGAUACUGUGUAAUGAUACAAUCGUAAACUCUGAAAAAAGAGUAACAAUCAGGUAAAUUUUUGAGAGAAAAACAAAAGAAAAGUAUCAACUCUAAUUGUGGUUUAAUUAACCACCAAAAUUACCAACACAAUUUACACAAUUAAAAGUGAGUUACUUUUUAUUAUCAAA